GGCACGCGGCAGCGCCCCGCGGGAUCAAAUUCCGAUCUCGGUUCCCAAGCUUCAUGUUUCCUACCCGGGGUUUCGAAAUCUGCGCAUGGUUCCGGCAGCUAUAAUGGAGGCUCUCGGCAGCAGCCAGCCCGUGGCAUGGGGGGCGACGGCCAUGAUUCCGAUGCGGACGAUGGCGAUGACGAGGAAAGAAACAAGCAGUCGGUACCGACGUUAGGAGACUGUCCCAAAGGAGGUCUUGCUUGUAUCUUCUUCAAGAGAUACCCCGCCAGUGAGAACCUGUCCGGGGCGUGCCUUGGGCCGGGCUGGCCUUCAGUGCACAGGGUGAAGGAACACAUCUAUCGGAUUCACAUGCAAAAAGGCUCUCCUUGUCCCAGAUGCCGCGAAGUAUUCGACACAAGCGGGCAUCUGGAUCUCCACCUCCAACAGAACGUCCG